UGCAGUGCCACAUAGCAUGUGAGAUCUUAGUUCCCUGACCAGGGAUCGAACCCAAGCCCCCUACCUUGGAAACAUGGAGUCUUAAAGCACUGGACUACCAGGUAAGUCCUGGAGUGGGAAGUUUUCUUUCUUCAUUUCUUUCCUGCUUUUUUUGAGAUCUGGUACCAUUAUUUUUAAAAAGUAAGGAUAUUAUAUACAUUUUGUUACUUUGAAGAACAGAAUCACUAGAUACCAGAUAGAUAUUCAAAGGGUUACAAGAGUGGAUAUGCUGUGGUCUUUACUCUUACAAAGUUACUUGUUUAUAAAUAGCCAGAGAGCUGAAAUUAAUCCUUUCCCUAUAAUAUGAAUUCAGUAUAGUCUGGACUAUGACAGCAUAACAUUAGUAAAAAGGAGUUUAUAUCACAUGGGGCAUAAUCUUAGUGAGUUUACUUCAAGUUAUUUAUUUGGUGACCUCUUCUUGUUAGGAUCAGUAAUGUAUUUUGGAAAUACUCUUUGGAAAUGAUAAAUAAUCAGUAAAUUGGGCGGGGACACGCUUUUGCCUCUUGUCUGGGCUCCUCGCAGAUCCUGCUUGAUCCCGGAGCAGUUUCACUGCCACCAGAGCCUGCCUUGCUGCAUAUCAACACCACACGAUCACAGGAAACCAGCCAUGGACAUGCCAGAACAUUCCUGGCAGUUUGUACAUUUUGUUUCACGGAACAAAACGCCGAAAACAAUGAGAAAACCUUGAGAUUACAAAUGAUCUUGCUAACAAUUUAAGAAACUUUCAAUUUUUGACUUCCUGCCUGCAGGAAGGAAAUGACAGUUGGAAGUGUGGAGAACAGGUGUCACCCUGGACAGCAUGAUAUCUUCUGCUUACUAAAAUAAAAACCCCUGCAUCAACACUCCUACAUGGAAGUGAGUUCUAACCACAAGACUCAGUCUUUCCACCACAGACCCCGCUUCAGAAAACCAAAUCUGUUUCCUACCAGGAAGUUGUUAAACACAGCAUUCAAGAGCAGACUCAGGGGCAGAAUUCCUCGAAUCAAUCUGGGAUAAAUCCAAGUUAAGAAUUCAGGUGGUUUGAAAAUGUCCCCCUCUGUGUCCUUCCAGUGACUGGCAGUACAGUUGCAUGGUGGACUUGUCAGGGGACUUAGAAGCGACAGAAUUAGGACUGACAGAAACUGGUCCCAGCUGAAGGCAGGGUAGGGAUCCCAAACCCUCUCUUAUAUCCCUUUGCGUUUGUCAGGGGUGUGGCAUUGUUUUUUACCCAUAGCUUCAAGCUGGCAUUGAAGCUUUCUAUUUUUCCUUUGGCAAACUAGCUAGUUACUCUAUCCCUCAUGAAGGAGAUUUCCAUGCCUCUCAAUCUGUUACAGAAAAUUUAGACAAAUGAUACUUCAGAGGGGCUGAGGACCCUGAAAUGAUUGAAGACUGUGCCUUGGCCCAGAUGAUUACCAGACAGUCCUCUCCAACCACCUUCGUUAACAAUGCAAAUCCAUCAUGGGAUAUGCAUUCUUGAGGGCACGUGUGUUGGAAAAUGUUAGGAAAGACAUUUUAACAUUGGGAUGUAGAAAGUCUUUGUGAAUGCUUGCAAGUUUUCUUUUCCCAAACAUGCGUUGUGGGAUUAAGAAGCUCUGUAAUCCCCAGGGUCUUUGACUUUGAAGCCAUGGCUAAUGAGGAAGGAGACAUGGCUGCUGUCAUUGGGGCCACUCAAGGACACUGAACCUUAUGGGCUGAGUGAACAGAUUGUAUGGGAGCUCGUAGUAUAUGAUUUCUCCCCCUGCAGUCAGUUUAGAAACAGCAUUCCCCUGAAAUAAAAACAAGGUAGCCAUUUUCACAGCCCAGCACAUUCUCCCUGCUGCCCGCCACUUCUCUUACCCAUCAUCUGUUCCUUCCUUCCUUCCCCAAAUGUACACUAAGGGCCGAUUAUGUACUGAGUGUUGUGCCAAGAAAUGAUGGUACAAAGACAAGAGCGCAUGCUGUCUGCCUUCAGGGAACUUUCAGUUUCAUAGGAACCCAAUGUGCAGACAUCUUAGGGAGACAAGAGUAUUCAAAAGGUGUUUUAUAUGUAGCUUUAAUCUGUUGUUGGGUUUUUUUUGUUGUUGUUGUUGUUGUUUUUGGCUGAGUUAUGCGGCAUCCAGUAUCUUAGUUCCCUGACCAGGAAUAGAACCCGGGCCCCCUGCAGUGGACAUGCAGAGUCCUAACCACUGGACAGCCAAGGAAAUCCCCUCAAAAAGUGUUUUACACUCAAGAGGAAUUACUCACUUCUACUUGAAGAAGGAGAGUGAAAGAAGAUUUCUGAGAAAUGAAAAUCCUUAAUCUGGGGCUGAGGAGUGAAGAUGGCACUUAUUCAUACUCUCCUGUGAGAUCAGGAGAAAAUAUCUGAAUUCAACCCCAACUGCCAGCCAGAAAACAAUCCUUCACAGCUUCCCUCCACUGCCCCAUCUCCUGCUUGCCUCUUAGCUAUGUCCCUGCUUAGUUCAGCCACUGCGGGGGUAGGCAAAAGUAAAAUUUGUUCAUUCUGCCUCUGCUUGGAAGUAGGGGGGGAAAUUGUGUAGGGAACAUUUUAAAAGAGCACAAAAUUUUUAAUAAGUUUAAAUUUCUUUGUUCAGUUGACUAUUUACUAAAGUUGAUUUCUAAUUUUUAUGCUUGUGAAAUAUUCCAACUAUGCAAAUAUUAAAAAAUGCAAAAACCCUCUCUGCCCCACCUCACCCAUUCCCCAGGGAUAAUGCUGUUGUUUGAUUGCUAUCUUCCUGGAUUUUAAAUUUACAUUUAAAUCUACAACUACAAUAUUUCAAAAACAAAAAUCCAUUGUUUUUCUCUGCCACUCCUCUCCCCAACUCACUGCAUCAUGAAAAUUCUUAGAACUAUUUUUAAAAUAAGAUACACUAUAAAGAGAAGAUUGCUGUAACAAUAUAGAGAUAUUAUCAUGUGUCAAUUUAUAAAUGAAUACAGGCCAAAAUUCACCUUCUCUAGUCAACUUGACUUCAGUUUUUUUCAAUCCUGUCCUCUGAAUCAUCCAGUAAUUUUACAUAUUGUUUCUGUAUAUUUGGCCCCUGAUCAUAAACACCUUUUUUUCCCCUUAUACUUAAGCCCUUUGGUUGCAAAGAACAAAGGCCCCAUUUUGUGAGAAUAUAGGUGAGCUGGGGAGUCAAGCAACUAGGGGGCUGGUCUUCCUUGGUGUGCCUGCAUAACCCCAUAGAUCUGUCCUGACUGUUACUGUCUGGAUUGGCCUCCCUGCUCUGCUCACUCUUCUCUUCCCUCACCAUUUGGCUUCCAUAUGUUCAUUCAUUCAACAAAUUACAGAAUUCAACCACAAGCCAGAGAUGGUUCUGGCGCAUACAGUUUGAGUUGCUCUGAUUCUGACUCAAAAAUCAUGGCCUCCUUUAACUCCACUUGUCAAUUUCUCCACAUGUGUUUUAAUUCAUAUUCCUAAGGGUGAGAAAGUGAUUGGCCCAGGUCAUGCCAGGCCACUCUUAGACAGCUGGACAUUUUGUGGCCAGAAUGUUCAUCCAGACAUGUCUGGUGGAGUGGGUGGCAGCCUGGGCAGGGUAGGGCUGUCCAGCUCACUCCACACACCUUCUCGGGUCCUACAUGCGCAUCUGGUCAUCUCCCCAAUCACAGGGUCAGUCAGUCACUAUGCCUCUACCAUGACCUGUGGUCUGUUACAAGGGUAGCCCAAGCAGUCUUCCCUUUAUAUGGAGUUGGGCUCCUUGUGAACAGAGGACAACAGCCAUGAACUCUCUCCUGCUCAAGAGAAGCACAGCUAGUUAUCAGGGCAUUCCCUGUGGUGGAGAACAGUAGGUCCCAUUCCAUGAAUGUAACACCACUUGGUGUUAUCUUUGAGGCUAAAGUUACAGAAUAGGAACUGGAGGAAGAUGAUAGGUGAGAAAUAUAAAGUGAGUGUCAGUUUUCAAUUCCCAUAUAUGUAAAUAAACAGAAUUCCAGUCCAGGUAAGAGCCAGACUGUUUUUAUUCAACAACUAUCUUCAAAUUCUCAGAUCACAAUUCCAGUUAGUAACAAAAUUUGUGGAAUAAAUUAUAAUACAUUGUAGCACUAGAUGACCCAAGACCCAGGGUUAAAAGGUUAAAAUCUAGUCUGUAUCCAGUAUCAUUUAAAUAGAACAUUUUUCAGGGAUGAUAACAGCAUUGAUGUCAAUGGUAUGCUGUUAGAAACAGUUGCCAACAGAACUGCUGCUUAGGUGCUUUACUGCUCCAUCAUUUUGUAUUCUUGCCACCUUUCUUCCAGAUGUCUUUUUUCAUAUAGAGGACUUCUGCUGCACUUUAUUAUUAUUAUUGCUGCUGUGCAGCAUGUGGGAUCCCAGUUCCCCAACCAGGGAUCUAACCUGUGCCCCCUGCAGUGGAAGCGUGGAGUCUUAACCACUGGACCACCAGGGAAGUCCUCUGCUGCACUUCAGUGGCUGCGAGGUCAAAGAGAAUCACCUGGCACCUCAAGGAACCUUGUGUCUGAUUAUCCUGCUGUGGGAGGGCAGGAGGUGUGAAUCCUCAGACCCACCCCUCAGAAUCCUAGGUGCAUCCCAAGAACCAGGCAGCUAUGGGAUCCCUUCUGAAAAGGGCCUUGAGACACAGAAGCCAAGAGAAAUAUGACGUGUCUCAGACACAGGCACAGAGGAGCCAUCUGAUGAAGCCAGCAGACAGGAGGGAUUGAGCCAGCCUGUGUGGGUGCGUCACCCCUGUAUCACUUGUAGUAGCCAAGGCUCUGUCUUACGUAGGCUCCUCUGUGGCUCCCAGGUGGCUUCCCCAUCUCUAGGUCCACACCACUCUAGCCCUGCCUUCACAUCAGCACUAUCCCUCCUUUCCAAGUAGUCAGCUGAUCCUCUGUUUAGAAAAUGCCUUUUCACACACACAUUUACAUGCGCACACACACACAUCCUUCAUGGGAUAUGGGUGUUCUGAGUCCAGCUCAUUUUCCUAGCAUUACCUCCCCUGUGUCCUGCCAUGCCACACCAGACUUCAUCAUCAUGCCUCCCUCCCAGUUGUUUUUUUCUUCCUGAAAUGUCACUGACACCCCAACACCCACCAUCUGCUCGCAUCAUCAUUAUCUUUCCCUCCCCUUCCCAAAACCAAAGAGGAAGCUCUCCUCUGUUGUAUCAUGGCAUUUAGGUUAGACUUCUGACUGCAGUUAUUUUUUGUUGCCCAUAGGUUUGUUUCCUCUAUGGAUUGUGAGGGUUUGCAGGGAAGGAUGCUUUGUCACACGUACAUUGAACCACCCCACACCCAGUGGAAUGCUCAUCACAGCUGCUCAAAAGUGGCUUGUGCGAAGGAAAGAUAUUCAUGGGGACAAUUGUUUUUUAAAUAUUUGAUAUGCUUUUAGACUAGAUAUAGAUAACUCUUCAUGUAUUGAUCCUGAUAACAUGUUUCUCAUAUCAUCAUUAGUUUCCUGACCUGCAAAAUAAAAAUAAUGUUAAUCUGCGUUGCAUAGCAAUUAAUGUGCAAGAACAAAUAAAUACUUCAAGUACCAGAAGGAAGUCUGGUUGGGAAAUUGGCAAAGUGAAUCCAAACUCCCUUUUCAUGCACUUUGAAGAGAAAUGAGAAGUCACUCUCUUAGACAAAUUCUCAAGCUUUGAGUAUUUCUCUUUGCUUGGAUCUGCUCAGUUAUAAAAAUAGGGGAUUGGAUUAUGUCUUUUCUUCUUUUUUAACUAAAAUUAUAUUAUUGCAAUGGUUCUACUUAACAAGUGUUAAAUAUUAAAUAAAUGUUUUCUUGUGCUCAAAUUCAUAAUAAAGACUACAUUAAAAGACCGCACUUUUACUGAUGUUCCGAAGCAUAUUCUGAAAUUCAUUUGACUUCUAGUAACGGAUCUGCAAACACAUUAAGUGAUCACUUCCAUGACGGCUCUGUUUCUUUAAGAGACCUCGGUUGUUAAGUUGGAAGAUCACUGAACCAUAUGAGGGUCAAUAAAAGAAUAAAGUCACUGGUGAGCGAUUCGAGUACAAGGAACUUGACCCCAGUUCAGUAUCUGUGAGUCCAUAUGCUGUUCACAGUCAGAGGAGGAGACUGUGGUCCCCGGGUGCUCGGCCUCCCAGGAUGGCUUCUCGAAAACUAAUCAAGCUGCUGGUGUUUGAGCUGCUUGAGUUUACUGCUUUCUGUGUCCCCACGCUGGUGAUAAUGGAACAGUUUGCUGUUGCCUCUUCCACCACGAGGCGUCCGCCUGACAAAACACAUUAUUGGCUGAUUGUUUCCUGUUCAAUUGCCUAUGUAGCUUCAGUGUCUCUCUUGAUUUGGGUUCCUGUGAAAGUUCUCUUGUACAAGAAACGUCAUCUUUACCAAAAAAUCAAAGGAUGGAGACCUGUUAUGAUGAUGUGUGUAGUACUCACCACGCUUCCCAGCUUCAGCUUUUCUAUAGCAGUGACUGAGGUUCAAAAGAAUAUUAAUGGUUCCACUGAUGUGUUACCGGAUAUGUUACCUGACCUGCCAGUCUCCCUAGUUCUGACUUGCUUGAUUGUGGUUGAUAUUAUUGAAAAACUCAGGAUAUAUCCUCUUAGAGGGAGGCAAAAGAGUAAUGAAGACAGGCACAUCCAUACGACCAAUUUGCAACAAAUAAGAACUGUGACAUGUGAAGCGAAGCAAAAUGAAGAAAACUCGACUCGCCCGCAGCCAGCCAACAGGACUCACUUGUCACGGCCACUAGGAGGCGCCACAGGGAACUCCUCUCCUGAGCUGGAGGGACCCCAGGAGCCCACCUUUGAGUGGGGAAUCCUGAGAACGCUGUCCCAACAGGACGUGCGUGCAGAGAUCUUCCUCGGGAGCUUUUUGCUGUGGGCUGACACCAUAGAAAUGGUGCGGGUGGCCGGACACCCCAGGGUGUACAAGUCAGGCUGGGUGUACGCGGUCUACAUCUUCAGUUACAUUUCUCUUCUUCGAAUGAUGUUCACUCCCCGGAACCCGCUUCUGAAUUCCCUUGCCAUCCUUCUCCAGGAUCUACCUUUUAUCUUUGUUAGACUGAGUUUAAUCAUUGUCCUGGGAACAAUCACACCCGUAUUGGGUCUUUUUAAAAAUGUGCUGGUGACUCUGUCUUAUGUUUACUUCAAUUUCUUAACCAGAUUCAGGAUGUUCUCUACCUUUGAGAGGUCUUUUUAAGGAGAAAAUGUCCUAUAGUCAAACCUCUUUUUUAUGCACAUGCAUACAUUUGUGAUCUUUUUGGGGGGCAGGCAUACGUUACUUUGCGCUGUAGGAAGAAAUGAAGAAAUAGAUGCUAGAGAAAAGACUAUAUUUAAAAACUAUAACAUGUCAAUUUUUUAAAUGUAUGCAAAUGGUGCUAAAUGUAAGCAAAGUUGUAGUCUUCUAAGUUGGUUCCCCUCGAUUUGUAGAAAAUGUCAGUAGUUAAUUUUGUUAUGUAUUCUGCAUUUUUUCUAAAAGUACCCUUCAGUAAAGCAUCUUAAAAAAUGAGAA